CUUCUCACUUCCUGAUUUAGUUUCUCCUUUUUGACUUCCUUUACACUUCACUUCCUCACAUAAACUUUCUCCAUCUUCCUUCAACACUUCCUCUGUAUCUUCUGCAUUCCCUUGAUCUCAUCGCCUAUGGAGAAAACAUAUUUAGAUGAUUCUGGGUCUUCUAAGACAGAGUCAGGCAGAGAGAUAAACCCACAAGUUAAUUGUCAUCACAACAUGAAAUCGAUUUUGCGAGUUGUUCGUAACGGGGUCAAUGCUGGAAAGAAGUAUCAUGUUUGCUCUUUAUGGCCUAAUGAUAAUUGCGGUUUUUUCAAGUGGGGAGAUGGGAGUGAGGUGAUGCGUGAAAGUGAAGAGUUUGAUGCAUUAGAGAACCACUCAGCUAUAGUUGUACUGGAAUUUAAGAAGAGAAUGCUGAAAGAAAAGAUAAAGAAGUUGCAAGUGGAAAAUGUGACAUUGAAGAAGAAAGUGCAGGAGACGACAAAGGUAGCUCGCCAAUUGCGCCAUCAAAAUUUAGAAAUGAUCAAGGAAUUUGGAACAGUACUCAACUUAUCAAAAUGUCAUAGUUCGUUGUGUUUAUUGUAAUUUUCUUUUUCAAUUAAGUAUUGGUGUAGUAGGUUUGAUCAGUCAUGUUAUUUUCCAUUUCAUUUUCUGUAUUAACAAACGGCUGAAUGUAGUAGGUCUUAUUUGCAAUGAAGUAUGCC